AUGAACAACCACAUUUCGAUCAACCAUCUUCCCACAAGUUACAACCUCAUCGAUUUCCCCCCUCCCACUGCCGCCCUCUCCACCCCCACCUCCAAUAUAGGGGGGAGUCAAAGGGGGCAGGUGGGGGGGUGGGGGGGUUGGGCGUGGUGGUGUUGGGGGUUGUGUGCGGGGGGGGGGUGGGGGAUGGGAUAUCUGUCGAAGUUGCGUGUUAGAGUUUGCAAUUGGGGUUUGGGGGCGCUGAUGGGGUGUGCAGGUGGGGGGGGGGGGACUGGGGUGGGGGGUGGGGGUGAGGUGGUGACACCCCCGCUGCACCAGACCAUGUCUACCCAUCAUCCAAACGGAAACAACCACGCCGGGCCGCGGAGGGGGGGCGGAUGGUCUCCUCAGUGGGGGCGGGCGGGGGCGGAUUGUGCGGUGGGGUGGUAG